UUCAUUUCUCAAGCUCCAAACAGAAGACUGAGAGCCAGGGAAAUGUCACUAUAAAGACAGGAGUGAGCUUAUAUUGAGUGUGUAUCUGCGACCGAGAGUCUUACAAAUCCUACAAAUUGUGCCGAAGCAGUUUAUAAAGCACAGGCUGAAACCGGUGAACUCUGUCUCUUCAUUUGCAUCUUGUGCUACUGAGUUUACAGUGGGAGUUAGCCAUGGCGGGUUCGUCUUCUGUGCAGCCACAGUUCAUUUCCAGCACUGGAAAUAGGAGUUUCUCUAAUGCACCAUUGAUUGAGAAUUCAGAUCCUGAACAAAUUAUCGUGCCUGAUAGGAAAAGCUGGAAAAACCUAUUUGCAUACAUGGGUCCAGGGUUCCUUGUUUCAAUUGCAUACAUUGACCCUGGAAAUUUUGAAACUGACCUGCAGUCAGGAGCGCAAUACAAGUAUGAGUUACUUUGGAUCAUAUUAGUAGCUUCAUGUGCUGCUCUUAUUAUCCAAUCUCUUGCAGCAAAUUUGGGUGUUGUCACUGGAAAACAUUUAGCAGAACACUGUAGGAAUGAAUAUCCUAGAAUACCAAACUUCAUCUUGUGGGUCCUUGCUGAAAUUGCCAUAGUUGCAUGUGACAUUCCUGAAGUGAUUGGGACAGCCUUUGCGUUGAACAUGCUCUUCAAAAUUCCGGUAUGGAUUGGUGUUCUUCUGACUGGCCUCAGCACUCUUGUCCUUUUAGCACUACAGCAAUAUGGGGUUCGGAAGCUUGAACUCUUUAUUGCUUUUCUCGUGUGUACCAUAGCUGGAUGCUUUUUUGCAGAGCUUGGCUACGCAAAGCCUGAUGCGAAGGAAGUUCUGAAAGGGCUCUUUGUUCCCCAAUUAAAGGGAAAUGGUGCUGCUGGUCUGGCAAUUUCACUUCUCGGUGCUAUGGUUAUGCCGCACAAUCUCUUUCUCCAUUCAGCAUUGGUGCUUUCAAGGAAAAUCCCACGAUCUAUGCAUGGCAUCAAGGAUGCUUGCAGAUUUUACAUGAUAGAAAGUGGCUUUGCUCUCGUUUUGGCCUUUCUCAUCAAUGUAUCUAUCAUUUCCGUGAGUGGUGCAGUUUGCAACUCACAAAAUAUAAAUGCUCAAGAUCAAGAAAAAUGCAAGGACUUGGACUUGAACAAAGCUUCCUUUCUUCUUGAAAAUGUAUUAGGUAGUUGGAGUUCGAAACUUUUUGCAAUUGCAUUGCUGGCAUCAGGUCAGAGCUCUACAAUAACAGGAACUUAUGCAGGGCAGUAUGUCAUGCAGGGAUUUCUUGAUUUACGAUUGACACCAUGGUUAAGGAACUUCUUAACUCGAAGCUUAGCCAUAGUCCCUAGUUUAAUUGUUGCAAUCAUUGGGGGCUCUUCCGGAGCUGGAAAGCUGAUUAUUAUUGCAUCGAUGAUUCUAUCUUUUGAGCUCCCUUUUGCUCUCGUUCCACUUCUCAAGUUCACAAGUAGCAAAACCAAGAUGGGGAUACAUGCCAACUCAACUACGAUUUCAAGUAUUACUUGGGUCAUUGGUUUUCUUAUCAUGGCAAUAAAUAUAUACUACCUUGCAUCUAGCUUCAUCAAGAUUCUUCUUCAUGGCCAUCUAAAGCUUGUAGCUGCCAUCUUUCUUGGAAUAUUUGGAUUUUUGGGCAUGGCAGUGUAUUUGGCUGGGGUUGCAUACUUGGUGUUACGUAGAAACAAGGAGGCUACACAUCUUGUAGCACUAACAUCUGAAAAUCCGCAAAUCGCCAACGAGUCUGGUAAUGCAGGACUGUGCAGUCUCCCUAGAGAAGACAUAGCAUGCAUGCAGUUGCCUCAGAGGAGGAGUAAUGCAAAUGAUUUGUAAAUCAUAGGGCAAGUGAUAUCUCAAGGUCACUAACUUCUAGUAACUGAAAUAACACUAGAGACGAGGUUAUAAUCUAUUUCCUUUUCUAAUCCACAAUUUGCUUCUGUCUUACCACUGUUAUGUGAUGACCGAACAUCUUUGCGGACCAAACAGCUAUGCUGAAUAAACCAUGAGCUUGAGAUA